GUGCAGAAAUGAUUUUUAUUUUUUUACAGGUUUAUAGAAACCCUGCAGCAUUAUUCGACUGUAGGCUGUGUACUGUACAAAUCAAUUGUAAAUAUAAAGAUCUAUUUUGUAUCUUGUGUUUUGUUAAAAGAAUAAAUAUACUUGUUUUAAUUUUUUUCUCUGUGAUUAUUACCUCAUGUUUACCAGAAAUUAGUUUUAGAUAAUAAUGACCAGAACACAUAAGAAACCAAAUGCACUUAUAGGCCUAUUUUCUGAAGUAUAUAUGAUUUAUAAUUUAUAUUUGACCACAUGUACAGAGUCCACACAGACCUGUUCUAAGUGUAUCUCCUCCUGUAAACUCGUCUGAUGGUUUGAGCUGGUUCUGUGCUGUCUGGACUGUUUCUGGGUGUUUGUCUCUUUAAGUGUCAGUCGUGUGUGUGAAUAUGGCGGAGGACAGCGAGUCUUCAGCUGGUGGCGGGUCGGCUGAGGUCCGGAUGGUUCUUUUGGGUCAGACGGGCUCAGGUCGGAGUUCAUCUGGAAACACGAUUCUGGGUCGCUCCGCCUUCUGGUCGGAUGUGUCGCCCCUGUCGGUCACCAACCGGUGUCAGCGUUCAGGGGGCGUGGUGGAUGGGCGGAGCCUGCGGUUGAUUGACACCCCGGGGUUCUUCCACACCUGUCUGAGCCCGGAUGAGGUGCGCGCGGAGCUGAGCCGGUGCGUGGAGCUGAGCGCGCCCGGACCGCACGUGUUCCUGCUGGUGCUGCGCGCCGGACGCGUGACGCGCGAGAGCAGCGCCGCUCUGGACUGGGUCAGCGCCGCGUUCGGACCGCAAGCUCUCCGCUUCACCACGGUCCUGAUCACGAGCGGCGACGCGCUCCGAGACAAACCCGCCGACGUCUUCCUGAAGGAGAGCGAGGAAUUAUGGGAGUUUGUGUGCAGCUGCGCAGGCGGAUAUCACGUGUUUGACAACACUAAAGGUGCCGAGGAGAGGUCGCAGGUCACCGAGCUGCUGGAGAAGACGGAUCUGCUGAUGGAGCGUAACGCAGGAGCACAUUACACCGCUGACAUGCUGCUGCAGGCUGACACUGCUGUACGCCACACGCAGCAGAGGAUUCUGGGAGACGAUCAGGAGGAGGAUGAAGAGGCCAGGAAGAGGACAGAGGGUCUGUUCUGGUACGAGCUGCUGACGGCUAUGGGCCGCGGUGCGGUGGAGGCGUCCGGCGUGAUGGAGAAGGGGAAGGGCAAGGGGAAGAAGGUCAAAGCUGUGCAGAGGGUGGCGGCCAUCGCCUCCACACCGCUGUCAAUCACAAGCGCUGCUAAAGUGAUGGGCGGAGCCAUGAGAGAGGGAACCAAAGUACUGUACAAACACAAGAAGAUGCUCCUGCACUAACACACACACUUCAGAGACCUUAAGAAAUACGACAUGAAUAAGCAGACAAAAAUAUGCAGCAUCAUCAUCAACACUUCCUCUAGAUGUGAUCAAAUGUUUGCACUACAAGAUAAUGCAUGAAUCUCCCCAACAAAACACAUCAUAAUAAAAUAAUCUCACAAAAUAUCCAGGACAUCUGCACCAAAAUCAAGAAAAUGGGGCCUAUUUUAAGACCAUUAAUAUUUUUUUUUGUGUGUGUGAUAUAUGUAAUAAAGCUCUUUCAAAACAUACUGAUAUGCAUAUUUAAAAAAAAAAAAAUUCAGUGUAUUUUAAUUAAAAGUAUUUGUUAUAUAUAAAUAUAUACAUACAAAAUGUAGCUAUAAUACAUAUUUAAAUGUUCUUAAUUUCAUUUAUGCUGAUUUUGUUUUGUAGACAAGAAAAUGCAAAAAAAAGACUGCUUUAUAAACUUAAUUUAUGACUGCUUGAUUGUUAACGUCUGUUUAAUGAUCACGAAUGUCUGAUUCACUUGAUGAAUGAAUAAAGAUUGAUGAAAUAAAGAGGCGUGACCCAGAGAUGGACUGAAGUGUGUUUCUGCGCUCAUUCGCUCUCAUGAACACAAGAAACUCUUUAUUGGCGUGCUUUAUAAAAACCAGGGCAGAUAAACUGUCCAUCUUCAUUUAAAAAAAUCAUGUCUUUGCCAGACAUCUGUUAACUGUUAUUCUCAGAGUGAAAUGUGGUUUAUACAAAACAUUCAUGAUCUUCUCGGGUAUAUUGGCACAAAAACACUUAAAGAUCCAAAUCAAACGUCCCUUUACAGAAUGAAAACAAUUCAUAGUUGGUCAUAAAUGAUGUACUACAGAGAAAAUAAAA